AUGACGGAAGAAAUAGAGUCACACAUAAUGCAGAAGUAUGAAGUAUUACAGAAAAUGGGUAAAGGAGCGUAUGGAGUAGUUUGGAAAGCUAUAGAUCGAAAAACAAAAUAAAUAGUUGCACUUAAAAAAGUAUUUGAUGCAUUUCAUAAUGCUACUGAUGCAUAACGCACAUUUCGAGAGGUAAUGUUUUUACAAGAGAUGUGUCACGAGAAUGUAAUAAGAAUGACUAGUAUUCAUCGGGCUGAUAAUAAUAAAGAUCUGUAUAUAGUAUUUGAUUUUAUGGAAACAGAUCUACAUGCUGUAAUAAGAGGUGGAAUACUAGAAGAAAUUCAUUAGAGGUACUCUUUUAUAUUAAAAUAUUAGAUAUAUUAUCUAUUAAAUAUUAAAAGCAUUAAAAUAUAUUCAUUCAGCUGAAAUAAUUCAUAGAGAUCUUAAACCUUCAAAUGUACUACUUGAUGCAGAGUGCAAUGUUAAGGUUGCUGAUUUUGGAUUAGCUAGAAGUCUUUUAAAUCAAGUUGAUGAAAAUGCUAUUCUAACAGAAUAUGUAGCAACUCGUUGGUACAGAGCACCUGAAAUUCUACUUGGAUCUACUUAAUAUACUAAAGCUGUUGAUAUGUGGUCUGUUGGUUGUAUUUUAGGAGAAAUGAUUAAUGGAAAACCUAUAUUUCCAGGAAGUUCAACACUUAAUUAAAUUGAAAGAAUUCUUGAAGUUAUAGGUAGGCCUUCUUCAUCAGAAUUAGAAAGUGUAUAAGCACCUUUAGCUUCCUAAAUUGUUAAUAAUAUUCCUAAAGGUUAAAGAAUAGGAUUUACUAAUUAUUUUACUAAGGCAACUCCUUAAGCAUUAGAUUUAAUUCGGAAAUUAUUGUCAUUUAAUCCUUCUUAAAGAAUUACUGUUGAAGAAGCUUUGAGACAUCCAUAUGUGGGGGCUUUUCAUCAUGAUAAUUAAGAAAUCAUUACUAAUCCUAUUAUUAUAUCUAUGGAUGAUAACAAAAAAUUUAGUAUUAAAGAAUAUAGAGAAGCUUUAUAUAUUGAAAUUAGUAAAAAAUAUGAAAUCAAAUAAGAAAAUAAAUUAGAAAACUCAUUUAAAAAUAUUGAAUCAAAUCAAUAAGAACGAAAGAGAACUUAAAGCUUUUAAUAAUAAGCAUCAAAAAAAUCUACUCCUCCGAUUAAUUCUACUCUUCCUAGUGAAUAACCUAUUAUUAAAUAACAAGAUACUAAUACUUAACAUGUUUCAUAAAAUUAUCUUAAAGAAUAUUUAUCAAAUUGUAGUAAAGAUUAUUUAGGAUUAUAAUAAUAAUAGAAUAAUACUAAUAUAAGUAAAGAAUUUAUUAGUGGAUAAUUAUGUAAAGAAAUGAAUAAAGAAAACUAAAAGUCUAAAAAUAUAGUUGAUAUUUCAAUAAAUAAAAUGGAACGUGAUAAUUCCAUUUCUAAAAAAUAAAUUAUAUCUCCUUGGACUUAACCUAAUCAAAAACCUUAAAUUAUAACAUAAUAAUAAAGACCUCCUUCUGUUAGUGUUUAUACUACAUUAAAUUAAGCUUCUUCAAAUCAAUUAAAAUCUUAAGUCCCCCAAUAAAAUAACAAUAAUAAUAAUGUUGCUGUCCCAUAAAAAAGAAUUAGUACUAAAAUGCCAACUAGCGGAACAAGCAAUUCUUUUUAUAUUCCCUCUGAUAAAAAUAAUAAUAGUAUUAAUUAUGGCAAAAAAAUCUCCAAAGAUAAUAGUUUCUUAGGUGAUCAUAAUCUAUCUACGUAAUCAAAUAUUCCAUAACCAUAGUAAUAAAUGCAUUAAAAAAGUAUCCAAUUUUAUUUAUAUAUUUUAGCUAUGAGCAUGAAUUAUUAAACAUAUUUAAUGCAAAAAGGUAUUUCAGAUUAAAGAAGUAAAUAAACUUUAGUUAAUCAUCAAAGGACUUAAUCUUAAUUAGGUGCCAAUAAUAGCGUAUUGAUCAAUCGAUGUAAAGAAUUCCUUUAGAACAUGUAGGCAAUCAAAAAAUGA